CAUCACUAAUAUCCGAUUAAUUUCUAAUUAUUUACAUCAUCUCAUCGUAUUUUAACGAAUAUAUAGAUGUACAUUUGUCGCAGGUUUGGUGUUUUGUGCGCAGUUUAUACAUAUAGAGAGCGCCUUCAUAAACAACAAAUAUCCGACGACGACUUUUUUGGGGGGUCUGAUCCGGGUGAUGAAGCGCCAUUGAUACGGAAUAACAUCGCCGUUACUCAAACAUACAUCAGGACGUAUUGAGUUUCGUCUCGCGUGUCUCGUCAUACAUGUUCAUGUGCACAUACAUACUUCAUCACUUUUGUCUCGUGCCGUGUAUGUUGCCGGUUAGUGUGUGUGUGUAAGAGAGAGAGAGAGAGAGAGCGAGUGAGAGCGCGCGUGCGUGUGUUGCUAAAAAAGAUACAAGACUCGGGCAUGAAAAUGAAACUUUAGGUUUUUAAAGGCCCUUGGAUGUUUUCAGAGCCUUUGUCGUGUGCUAUAAAGUAUCCUGAAGUAACAUUAACUGGAUGCUCGGAUGAAAUUUGAACUUUUCUAGUUACGCAAAAAGCGUAAGGGAAAAUCAUCCGUUCGUUUUUAAUGCAUCAUUUUGCCAUAUUUACGCAUAAUAUGUUUACAUAGUUUGGUACUUAAUUAAAGGUGUGUGUUGUACUUUUCACGUCAAUGGUAAUGUUUAAAUCUGGCAUUUAUGUAGAAUGCCUCAGUUCUGUACAGAAUCCACUUUGUCAGAGAAAAAAAAACUGUUGCAUGGGCUUGUGUGCUUCUACUCUUAAACUUUCGCAUAACAUCAUCUAUAUGUCAUAUUAAUAGAAAACUCGUCCGCGGCUGUGCAUGUCCUAACGUCACCUUACAGAUGCGCGUUCACAUAACUCAUAAUCGCUAUUUAAUCUGUCGCGCAAAACCCUCGACUGCUGCUCAACCACUAGCAAACAGUUUCACAAGUGCGCUUUUUCUUUGUCAUGAUAGUGUCGAGAUUGGCAGGGAAAUUCAAGAUGAAACCCCAUGAUACGGCACUUUUCAGCUGCACCCCCUCCCUUUAUCUUUUGUUGAAAGAAAAUCAGGAAGAAAAUGGAGCGGGAUGCGGUGGCGCGCAACAUCCGCUCCUAAAAACUACAUUUUUGCAUCUGUUGGCUCGAAACGAUGCUGUUAUCUCUGUAAAUUGCCGCCGUAUGUGUCGGAUUAACAGCGCGCGUUCGGCUAACGUCAGUGCGCGCGAGCGGACGGGUGCGCAUUUGUUUGUGCGCGUUUAUUUAUUUCAUUAAUGUGGCUUUUUAAUUGAGAUGGCCGCGAGAGAGAAGGCGACUGAAAAUGGUUGCGCGUUACUGACGCACGUCACGUGCGAGGAUAUUCCACUUCAGAUAAGAGACACGCAGGUCAUCUCGUGUCACACAAAUGCAUCCCUACUAAAAAUACUUGCACAAAAAUUAACUAAAUCAUGCUUAAACGUUGCAUGUCAGCACACGCAUAUAUUUUCUGCGCAUGACAGCAUCCUCGUAAAGUGACAGGUUGAAGGAUAAGAGGGCAGGGAUGUGACUGCACAGUGGCGCAGAGACCUCUAAACAACUUUUACAAGCAGAUCUUCACAUUGACAGCACAGAGAGACGAGCUGCAAGCUGUUACAAUUACUCAAUGAGUGAUUCAUCUUUUACCAGGGAGACUGUUGGAGGUGAUCAGGCAGAUUGCCACCAUCAGAGUGCACCUCUCAGUCAAAGAAGUAAAGCAUGGCAUAGACACAUCACUGAAUAUGGAUUCUCCACCAGAGUGCAUGCUGGCUCUUUCCUGUGAACCCCCGCUGUCUCCUCCUUCCAUGCCCUCCUUGGACCACAGUCCCCUAGGCCUACCCCAGAGUCCUCGGUCUACCCCUUCUAGCCCUCAUACUGAACUCUAUGGCCCUGUCUCACCCUGCCCCCUUCCUGGUGCCAGCCUCCGAGAUGAGGAGGAUGAGGAGUUGUCAGCACCUCCAUCACCCACCCCAGCAGUGGCGCUGUUUCCUGGUGAAAUGGAACUUGGCAGUCCCUCAUCAGAGAGCAGCCCUCCAGCUACACCAUCAGCAUCUUUCUCUGGCUUUGGAGCCCUGGAACAGGUCCUCUCCUCUGGUCAGAGUACCACCUGCAGUGAUGAAUUGGAUCUUCAACUUUUCAACAAUGAGGGGAUAGCUGUCCUAGGUGCGACAAACCCUGGACCUGCCCUUAAGUUUCCAUGCCACGUGUGUGGAAAGAGGUUCCGCUUCCAGAGUAUUCUGUCUUUGCAUGCUCGAGCUCACAGUUUGGAUAAGGAUCGCCGGGCUUCAGCAAUCUACCGAACUACACCUGUCAAACUGCAGCCGAACCACGUGAGUGGCAGUGUAAUCCAGAAUCUCAACAACAGAGAGUUUGGCCUGAAACAGAGUCCGCUAUCUGGCUCGUUACAGAAAAAUAUGGAUGAAGAAAUAGUUCCAGAGGAACCGCUUCAAACUGCUAGCAGCCCCCAGUUCCUCUUUGAAGGAACUACAGCUCUGACUCCACCUCUAACAGAGGAAGCACCCAUUUCUACUUCCUUCUCUCCACUUGGCCAUGGACACUUGGAAGAAAGCACUCCCUCCACAGCCGCUCCCGCCUUCCGCUGCCACGCCUGUAAGGGUAAGUUCCGUACUGCUUCAGAGCUGGCACGACACGUGAGAAUCCUCCACAACCCCUACAAAUGUACAAUGUGUCCCUUCUCAGCUAGUCAGGAGGAAAGACUGGCUGCCCAUCUGCAGGAGAGUCACCCACCUGAAGAUCCUGUGGCUGUGUCUGUUUUCCCACCUCCUCGCCCUGUAACAGAAUCCCCGGAAACCUCUUCCCCACAAAUGCCAGUUGUCCCAGCUUUCCGCUGUGAGACAUGUGGCCAGCGUUUCACUCAGUCAUGGUUUCUCAAGGGACAUAUGCGUAAGCACAAGGACUCAUUGGACCACAAGUGCCAGGUGUGUGGCCGUGGAUUUAAGGAACCCUGGUUUCUUAAGAACCACAUGAAGGUGCAUCUGAAUAAGUUGGGCCUUAAAGCUGGACUGGGGAAUAUGGGACCCAGUGGACCUGAGCAAGCCAAAGGUCCUGCUAGCACACAAGUGCUAGGCGCCCUGUAUUCCAACCUGCUCCUGGCUCGUAGUAUGGCGGGCGGCGGAGGGUCGGGAAAUCACACAGAGAGGUCAGAUAGUGGUGCAGGCUCUAGUAAAUCCUCAGUGCUGGGCUAUCUGGGAUUAUCCAAAGACAACAGCAAUGGAAGUUGCAUGGAGCGCCUUCAAGCAGUGGCACAGGUUGCAGAAAUGGGUAAUGGAGGAGGAAGGGGAGGCGAGGCAACAGACGGAGCAGACCAGGCGGCCAUGUGGCAGCUGGUUGCUCGAAGUCUGGCAGCAGCACAGAACAACCAACAACAGCAACGAUCCCAAUCACACCACCAGUUUUCUUCCUCACGAGGCACGGUUGCUGGGGAAGCCAAACAAAUGAGGUCCUACCUGGGUGGACUGAGUUCUAGAGAGGAACUGGAGGCCUCUGGUGCACCCUGGGAGUGUCCAGAUUGCGGCAAGCUGUUCCGAAGCCUUCAGCAGGUGGUUGCUCAUGCUCGCGUCCAUGUCCAGAAACCACAGAAAGGUCAAAGUGGCCGGGGAGCCACAUUAACAGAAGAGGAUAUUAUAAACAGAGUGAGUGGAGCUCCAGUACCAAGUGGAGCAGGAGGAGGGCAAAGAGUUAGCGACAGUGAAGGCAGAAGGGAGACUAAGCAGCUCCUAUCAGAGGUGGAGACAGCUGGGAGCUUCCAUUCUGUCAUGUCACAUCUCUCUGGUCAGAAUGGUUUGAGGGGAUCAUCCUCCACAAGCUCUUCAGCUUCAAGGGAACGUGUUCGGGGUACAGGGAUGAAGGAUUGUCCCUACUGUGGUAAAGCUUUCCGCUCUUCCCAUCACCUUAAAGUGCACCUUCGUGUACACACAGGGGAGAGACCAUACAAAUGUCCUCACUGUGACUAUGCUGGCACUCAGUCAGGCUCCCUCAAGUAUCACCUACAGCGUCAUCAUCGCGAGCAAAGGAACGCAAUGGCAAAUUCACCAGACUCCCCUUUAUCUAACCUCCCCUCUUUGACCGGCCCUUCUUGUGAGGGGUUAAAAAAACGUCGGCACCCCUCCAUGACCCAGUCUGCUUUUGGGAGGGUUUCUGGAGAACCUUCUUCCUCCAGGCACAGUCAGUCAUGGACUGUGGGCACUUCAAAGAAGGAUGGUUCCUCUGUGUCUGGACGUCAAAAAGAGGGAGACUUGGAGAGUCAGUAUCAAAAUCUGUCAGGGAUGAUGGGUGCACUGUUCCCCGGUGGUCUAGAAGCAAGUUGGACAGCAGAGGCACCGCCUCCCAAAAUGCCUAAAAUGUCCAGACGGAAGCCCCUUACCACAAGCCGCAUGGUGUCUGCGAAUGGGUUACAGGGUGGGAGUAUGUCCGGUGGUUCUCACGAAGGAGGUUUUGAACCCCUGGAUCUUUCUCGCCGCCCUUUACAAGAUGAUUGGUCAGUGAGUGCCUCUGGAGGUAUAAAGUCUGGUGCUUCUAAAGAAGGAAACAACAUCCUUAAUCAGUGUGUCUUCUGUCCUUUCCGAACCUCUUCUGCGGAGCUGAUGGCUAUGCAUCUUCAGGUUAAUCAUACCAGCAAGUCUCGGCGUAAGAGGGGCAACCCUGCAAACCGUUCCCCAAGACUAACACUGCCUGGGCCAGACCGUGACCCACUGACUCUGUGGAACUUCCUUAAUGCAGAGGAUGGGACAAUGUCCCCUGAGGAUUUGCUCUUGUCGAAGGUAAACCACGAGAAUGGGGUCAGUCCAGAAAACAGGGAAACAGAGGAUAGUUUUGAUUCUACCCAUGAGCCUAUGGGAACCUUUGGUGCAACAGAACAGGAGAUUAAAAUGAGACGGGACCUGGACGAAGAGGAUGAGGAAGAAGAUGAGGAGGAGAAUGACCUGGAAUCAAAUGGCAGCUUUGGAAAUUUACCCCACUAUCAGGGUAGAAGGGCUCGAUCCGUUUCAUCAGACCUCACGGCUGAGGAUCUGCUCAAGGAGGACAAAUGACAGCAAACUGUGUGAGUUUGAAGAUGAAGGCAGGACUUGAGAAUAACUCAUAUCAUUUAGGCCAAGGGCAGACCAGUCGCUAUGCUAACAUACUGUAAAGUAUGUAAUCGUUUAACGAAACCUUCAAAAAUCAUACAAAGGCAUUACCCAUAACAGACACACCAGCCCCCUUUGUUUAGCGACCUCUACGUACACAAAGAAAUGUUAUCUCACAGAUAUCCAGUAUUGUAUUCCAGUCUCAGCCUGCCUGUCAAGGAGUCUCCAAGCCUUCUUGAUCACUGUCAAAUUGUUCCUGUCUUCUUGUCAUUGAACGUAUUUGCCAAGUUCUAUUUCUAUUUAAACAUUUCUUGCUUUGGUGAAUCUCUCACUCUCAUCUCAAAACGAACUUGGACCGUCAACUUGGAGAGCAGGAGAGACACAAUCCUCAAUCACGACAAUGUAUUCAAGUUGAGAGAAAAUCGCCCCAAUGCUCAAUGGAGAUAUAUUGGCAAGAAGGUUCUUGCUACUUUCAUGUAAACUUGAUGCAGCAGUACGUCUUGAGUAAACCAAAGGAGUGACACACUUCUUACCAUGCACUUGCGCGACUCUAAACAGAAUGCUGUGAUGAUCGAAUGGUACUUCUAAACCGUCUCUUACAAACUGGACAGAGUAACGAUUAUAUGACCAGAUAUCCACACUGCCUGUCUGCUCCAACGGGUCUUCAGAUGUUAUAUAAAACAGAGUUUCUGCCUCUUCUAUAUGCUAUUUCUCUCAGUGCCUGUUGAUGUAAAUGGUUUUUAGCAGAUUCAGAGAACACAGGAAUAUAGUUACAGUAAAUAUAUACAGUAUAUAUGCGUCGUUGUACUAGAGCGUAGAGUUCUGUAUCGAUAUGUUGACACUAGUAUGUGUGACUGUGUCUGCUGUGAAUGAAACAAUGAAAUGAACCCAGAGCACCACAUGUCGGCCAUUUAACAAAGGCCAUAUGUGUUUACAUUACACAUACCACCAGGAUUUUUGGACUGCCAUUACUAUGAAAAAUAAGACCAUGUGGGUCCGAUUUCAGGGUUUGAAAAAAAUCAUCAAGAAAUGGAGACUCGACAAUAUAACAUUCCUAUUCCUCCUAAAACUUUGACUCUCGAACAUCAUAGAGAGGGAGAAAAAAAUUAUUCCGUAUGUCAUUUUUUUAGAUAGUAAAUAGAAAUUUUUCUUUGAAUAUUAAAAACAAUAAAAAAAACACUAACAGAUUCAGACAUCCCAGUACAAAAUAUGUAGCUUUUGUAAAGAAAAGAGAUCAAAAGAGCGGAAAAAAUGUGGUGUUGUUCUUUUAAUGUUAAUGGAAAAUGGAUAUCGAACAGAGUAUUAUAAUAAUUAUGAAAGAAGACGUGAAUGAGAAUGUCCUGAGAUCACUGUGCAAAGUUUACUUUCCCCAACUAGCUUUUGUUUUGCUAUUAAAUGUAGACCAAACUUUUGUUUUUUCCCAAAAAUGUUUUUUCAUAAUGCUGCAGGUUCAAAUGACAACCCCUUAAAGGUUUUAUAUGUUUAUCAAUCGACGAAUGAAUCAAUCAACAAAUCAAUCAUUUGGAUACACAAUCAAUGUUAAGCCUCAUUGAGGAUCUUCAAUGAUUUAUUUAUAUGUUAAAUGCUGGGAUUAUGUCCAAGACGUGUCCUGGUAUCAACAUAGUCAGUUGGACUGACCUGCUCGCCAAAUUUUAUUUAAUAUAAUUAAAUGGACUUGAUUUUAAUGUGAAAUUAGCACAUCGUACAAAGAAUGAUCUCCAACUCUGUGAAGUCAUGAGUCAUCUCAUUAUUAUCGGGUAGGCAGUAGUGCAGUGUUUUGUCUAGCCUUAAUUUGUGAAACGUGCAUUAUUGUGUUCUUGUUUUGUACGUAUGAUUUCGGUAGCCCCUGAUGUGGCGUUCCUUUAAGAUAACAGUCAAGCCACUGUGCCUUCUGUCCUGAGCACUUCCUCAAGUAUUUUGUAAGCUCACCAAAAGCACUUAGCCCCUACUGUAUCUCUUUGUAUGAUUUGGUGACCUUGUUUCUUCUCUGUAUCUGAUUCUCUGUUUUGUCGAGACGUCGGAUGCGAAGGUCGUUUUCAUUUCAUUAUAAUCCGUGUCAUUGCAUCAUUUAUGUUCGUGUGUGCGGUUUGCCCUCCCUUAGCAUGUGAAUCACUAAAAAGCUGACAUAGUAUUUAGCUCUGAGGCCUUUUUUAGAAGUUAUCUUAUUUUCUAUGUUACUUUAUUGCCGAUGAGAUAAAAUCAAGCUCUUCUGCUCACAAUUAUUAUUCGUAUUCGUUUUAUGAAAAAAAUCUUUAAGCAAACAAAAACGUGAACAAAAUGUGUCUCUUGAAUGUUGUACAGAUAGAAAUAGAGAUGUUGUGUUUUUAAUGAGAGAUCAAACCGACCCGCCUGCUCUCCAUCACUUCACCGCAUCAGUGUAGAUUUUAGUUUUUUUUAGGAUGGCCUAACUGUCUAGAAGUAUCAGGGCAAUAGUUUGUGUCUGUGUGUCUGUGCACAUCGAUGGUCUUUAAAAAAGCAUAUUUUGUAGAAAUAUACUGACACUGUGAAACUAAGUACCACUUGCAUUAAAAGUAUUUCCAAACAGUGGCAUGCUGCUCAAAUCUUCACGUAUGACAUGCAUUGUUUUUUUUCCUCGAGUGCUAAGUGUUGUCCAGUGAAAGAGGAGAGAUGAAGAGAAGGUCGUGGUUUGAUCUUUUCAGUAGCUGACUGUUAUUGAUGUCAGGGGAAGAUGAUCUAACAUAGUAGUGACUAAUAUGAAAUUGUGGAUUGAGAAAAUUCAGUAGAGAAGAAUCAAUAAAAUACAAAAAACAA